CGAAACACGGUGUAGCAGGAAAGAACGAACAGACGGUUUCCGGAAGUGAUAGAGCAAUGCCUGCACAGAGAAGAGCACGUGGUGCAAGGGCGAAAGAUAAGAGCCAUCUUUGCAACAAGAGCAAAGUGAACCCUGCUCCCCAAGCUCCACAGUCUUUCACAUCCAGACUAGAUACCUUCCAUCAGGUGCAUAUGAUCAACGACGAACCCGUGUCAUACCAAAAUACAGCCUCCGAAUCCCUGGUACCGCUGGAACUGCGACCUUCCCGGCUUGGGCGACAAUUCAGCGAAAGACUGGUGACGAGGUCUGAAAUUCAUCACCGAAGUCUGAACCUGAUGACUUUACAAUCUCCACAAUGGCUAGCACAGGUCGGAUUCUACUACACUCCCUUGUCAAUCAAACAUCAAUUUGCGAUCACAUGCACAUCUUGUAAUGAGAUAAUACGUGAUCCAGUACCGUUGGAAACAGACAUCAGCGCUUACCACCUUGCGGAAAACUCAAUGUGUGCAUUGUCUGCAGUUUGGAAAUUUAGAAACAUAAUAAAUGACUCUUUGAGGAGCAAAGACAUGAGUUGGCAGCAAGAUGCUGUGUUUGGACACGUCUCUUCAGAAAGAGGUACCCAGAUCAGGCGAGAAACUUUCAAGUGGUGGAAACACCGUAAUCCAGACGUAGAGAGUAUGGCCUCCUCAGGAUUGUACUACGAUCCCUACGUUGAUCAGAAUGAAGUAGAUGGCAAUGUUUGCGGCGAUGACAGGGUUAUAUGUAUGUACUGUGGACUCAGACUUGAACAAUGGGAAGAAGAAGAUGACCCUUUAAGUGUCCAUCAGAAAGAAAUGCCCAGCUGUUGGGUGUUCAACUUCGAUAAACCGGUAACAGAGAAAGAAAUCGGAUUGGACAACGAUCAAAGAUUGAUGAUAGAAAGCGGUGAAUAUAAUGCUCAAGAAGAUGUACCAGACUAUGAAGGUAACCCUCUAAACGAAGACCAUGAUAUAGAAUUCAUCUCUUCGGAUAAAGAGGAUGCGCCGACAGUAAUAUCUUUGGCUACGGCUACGACGACGACCACAAAUACGGCAUUGCCUGUAGAAAUUCUGGACCAGGAUGAAGUUGAAGAGUUUUUGAGCAACUCCCAAGGACGGCAUAGAGAAGAAAAUAACCGUCUAGUAGACAUUCCAAGUAUGAAGUCAUCAGAUCUUAGCCAGUUUUUUACCGAGUUAGAUGCAGAAAGCGAAAGUGAAGUUGGAGCUUCCUUUUUUGCAAACAAUAGAAGACGCCGUGAACGUGAGAAAGAGCAAAAGGAAAAUGUUAUUGCCAAUGUUGAGCCAAUAGCUGAAGAGUCGUUAAUGUCAACAGAGGAGGGUAAAGUUAAUAAUGAGGAAGAAAAAGUACAACAAAAAGAGGAAGACUUAUCGGAGCAGAUACGAGGAGUUGACAAGAACGGAAUGGAGAAUGAUCUGUUGGCAAACGAAGCUGACCCACAACUAGAACCUGAGAUUCAACCUGCACAAGAGCUUGAAAUUGGAUUGGAAAUUCCGAUUUACGAGAAUGACGAUUUUGCUUUUGAGAACAAUGAUGCUCAUAAAAGUACUAUGAAUGAAGCUGCUGCAGAUUCAGUGGAAACAGAAAAUAACAAGUUGUUUAACAAUCCAGUUGACUCUUUUCAGCAUAAGUCAGAGAAAGAUCAAGAAAACAAACACCGUAUGAGCGAGCAAGAUAAACCUAGAAGAGAGAAAAUGGGAGCAGUUUCCAUUCAAGAUAAAGAAAAUGAAAUCUCGAAUCGGCUUUUCUCUGAACCUACCGAAGCAGGAGAAUCAAUAAAAGAAACCCGAGAUGCAGAUGAUAGUCGUGUAAAACAUCUCGAAUCCGAAUUGAAACAGUUGAGAAUGCAAAUAGAGGCAUUACAAAAUAGCCAAAAUUUACAAUUGCAAGCUCCAACGGAGAACGCUUCCUACAAAGUGAACACUAACCCAGCUAGGGUUCACGAUGCUGACAAUUUUGCAGAUGAAAACACGUCGACUCCUAUACAGCUUCGUGAUAAAGAAUCUGAGGCACAUGCCACUACAACGGAGCCUGCAAAUUUACUAUUAUCCCCAGAAUUGACAGUAAAAAGAAACUCGCAUGGUCCACUCAGAGAUGAUGAAAUUGUGGUUUCUUCUGUAAAGCAAGAGGAAAAUACUGAUUCCGAACAUGUAGAAGUGACGGCGAAGAAGAAGAAACGUAAGAAGACUAGAAAAAUCAAGUCCAAUCACUCUAAAUCAAAACAUACAUUACACGAAAGAGAGGAAGCAGGAAUACGCAAAGAAGAUGUUGAUGACAAUAAAGAUGAAGAGGAAGAGAGGGAAGAAGAUAAUAAUGACGAAAGACAGAAGAAGAGAAUGAAAAAGAAUCAUGAGGAAGAGAGAGAAAAGUAUAAAGAAAGCGAAGUGCAUAAAGUGAAGCAGACUGUCAUUACUGUAUCAGACGAUCCAUUAUCUUUCAAGCUCGAUUCUAGGAAAAAGUCCAAAAAACACGAAAAUAAGAACAAGAGACAAAAGGCAGAAAUAUCUGAUAAGGUCGAGAUUAAGCAAGAACCUGAUAUGGGUCAGGAACUGUCUAUUCAGAUGGAAUCGGGAACUGAGCUAAAGAUGAAAACAGAGCAAACUCCUGAAAUACCCACUGAAGCUGAUCAGAUCGUUGGAACUUCUUCAUUGGCAGAUGAAGCCAACAAUGAUCACUCGGAGUUGUUGGUAGGGAAUGCGGUCUUAACUUAUUCUCAGCCAGAUGAACAACUGAGGAGCAAUACAAACGAAGAUAAGCAAGAAGAAUCUCCAACCUUGAUGCGGAAAAAAGCCAGAUCACCACCAGUCACUGAAGCGAUACCAUCAGAAGCUCAAGAAUCUAGAUUCGAUACUCUGAAUGCCUUGAUGAAUGCGGGGAGACCGAAAAGCGAUAGAUUGAAUGAGUUACCAGAAGAGAAUCAUUUUUUCAUUGAAAGUGACAUCAUGAUGAAGAACCAAAGCACUCCUUAUGCAAACGAUACCAAGACUGUAGAUAUGAGCGAGAAGUUUUCUAAGAAACCUACUGAUGAGGCAGAUGGUACAGAACACGACACCGACUGUCGAAGACAGUUGUCACUGGACGAAAAGGAAGAAAAGACCAAGUGGGUUCCAAUCGAUAGCAACAAAUAUCGGGAGUUUUACAAAGACAUACAGGAAGCCACAGGAUACGUUAAAGAGGUGCUAGAUUCGAGAUAUGAAUUACUAGGAGAUGAUCUAGAAGGACUGUUGACCGAAUUCAUUGCCGAGAUACCACCGGAACAAUUAAAGAUGACGGUGAGGGAAUGGAUUCGAUUCCAGGAAGAGCAGGCUGUGGGGCUUGUUCUGGACAAGGCGGAGCUAAUGAUGGAACAAUUCCGCAAAGACCAGUCGACAGCCAUACGUUUUUUAGCGGACCUCCCUGAAGGAUUGUAAUUUGAUGUAUAGCAAAUCGGCUAGUACUAGGUUGAUAAUGGUGAUGUAUAAUAAAUGGUAGAUGCGCUGAUAAAGGAAU